UGCGAGUCCGCAGGUGGGGUCCCGGCCCUCGGGCGCCCCCGCCCCGCCCGGACCCGCGUGCCCCGGGUCCCCCGGUACAGGUUCCCCCCGCGGUCCGACCCCCGCGCACACACGCGCCCCACCGAGCCGCGCGCCGCGAGCUCCGUCCGGGUCCCCGCAGGUGAUGUCAUGCCCAUUGUUUUGGUGCGCUCAGCCAAUCGGGCUCGCCGCCUGGAUUCUACCGGAGCCGGCAUGGGCCCUUCCUCGCCCCAGCGGCAGGAGUACCCGCUCCCGACCAUAACGCAUUGCGCAGGGUGCACCACCGCCCGGUCCCCCUGCGGCUUUAACAGCCCCAGCAUGGAAACCCCGCUGCAGUUCCAGCGCGGCUUCUUCCCGGAGCAGCCGCCGCCGCCGCCGCGCGCCGCGCCCCCGCAGGGCCCGGACAAGCCGUGCGCGCCCUUCGCGCCCCUCCCGCACCCGCACCCCGCGCACGCCCCGCACCCGCCUGGCGGCGGCGGCGGUGGCGGCGGCGGCGGCGGCGGCGGCAGCAGUGGCAGCGGCAGCAGCCCGUGCCUCCGGUGCAACAGCUGCGCCUCCCCCGGCGGCCCCGCGGCGGGGGCGGGCGCCGGGGAUCACCUGUCCCUGCUGCUCCGCUCCGCGUCGCCCGGCGGCGCCCUCCGGACCCGCACCUCCUCGCCGCUGUCCGGCUCGUCGAGUGGCUGCUGCUGCGGCUGCUGCUCGCCGCGCCGGGGCAGCCAGCUCCAUGUGAGCGAGCCCGCGCCGUCCAGCCAUGCCGGCGCGCCCCGGCCGCAGCCCGCGCCGCAGCCCGCCCCGCCCCGCCCGAGCCCCAGCCCCGCGGGCAGCCCGGGCAGCCUGGGCUCCGGGCCCGCGCUCCACCACCACCACCACCACCAUCACCACCACCACCACCACCGCCACGCGCCCCCAGCGCCCCCGCAGCCCGCGGCGCGCCGCGAGAGCAACCCCUUCACCGAAAUAGCCAUGAGCAGCUGCCGCUACAACGGGGGCGUCCUGCGGCCGCUCGGGCCGCUCAGCGCGUCCCGCCGGAGCCUGCACGAGGGCGACGCCGAGGCGCAGCCGCUGCAGCCCCCCGCGCCCGGCGCCUCGCCCCCGGCCCCCGCCGCGCCCGCGCCCGAGAUCGUGGUGUCCAAGCCCGAGCACAACAACUCCAACAACCUGGCGCUGUACGGGCCCGGCGGGCACGGCGGCAGCGGGCACGGCGGCAGCGGGCACGGCGGCGCCAAGUCGAGCAAGAAGAAGAACCAGAACAUCGGCUACAAGCUGGGCCACCGGCGCGCCCUGUUCGAGAAGCGCAAGCGGCUCAGCGACUACGCGCUCAUCUUCGGCAUGUUCGGCAUCGUGGUCAUGGUCAUCGAGACCGAGCUGUCGUGGGGCGCCUACGACAAGGCGUCACUGUAUUCCUUAGCUCUGAAAUGCCUUAUCAGCCUCUCCACCAUCAUCCUGCUGGGCCUGAUCAUCGUCUACCACGCCAGGGAAAUACAGUUAUUCAUGGUGGACAACGGCGCGGAUGACUGGAGAAUAGCCAUGACGUACGAGCGGAUCUUCUUCAUCUGCCUGGAGAUCCUUGUGUGUGCUAUCCACCCCAUUCCUGGCGACUACACGUUCACGUGGACGGCCCGGCUUGCCUUCUCCUACGCCCCCUCCACCACCACCGCCGACGUGGACAUCAUCCUCUCCAUACCCAUGUUCUUAAGACUCUACCUGAUUGCCAGAGUCAUGCUCCUACACAGCAAACUCUUCACCGAUGCGUCUUCCAGGAGCAUCGGGGCCCUUAAUAAGAUAAACUUCAACACGCGGUUUGUCAUGAAGACGUUAAUGACGAUAUGCCCCGGAACUGUGCUCUUAGUGUUUAGUAUUUCCCUGUGGAUAAUUGCUGCCUGGACGGUUCGAGCUUGUGAGAGGUACCACGACCAGCAGGACGUGACGAGCAACUUCCUGGGCGCCAUGUGGCUCAUCUCCAUCACCUUCCUCUCCAUCGGCUACGGCGACAUGGUGCCCAACACCUACUGCGGGAAGGGCGUGUGCCUGCUCACCGGCAUCAUGGGUGCAGGUUGCACAGCCCUGGUGGUAGCUGUUGUGGCACGGAAACUAGAACUUACCAAAGCAGAAAAACACGUGCACAACUUCAUGAUGGACACCCAGCUGACCAAGAGGGUGAAAAACGCAGCUGCCAACGUGCUCAGGGAAACAUGGCUCAUUUACAAAAAUACGAAGCUCGUUAAGAAGAUAGACCAUGCAAAAGUGAGGAAACACCAGCGAAAAUUCCUGCAAGCUAUUCACCAAUUGAGAAGUGUAAAAAUGGAGCAGAGGAAACUGAAUGACCAGGCGAACACCUUGGUGGAUCUGGCCAAGACCCAGAAUAUCAUGUACGACAUGAUCUCUGACUUGAACGAGAGGAGCGAGGACUUCGAGAAGAGGAUCCUUACCCUGGAGACCAAGCUAGAGACUCUGAUCGGCAGCAUCCACGCCCUGCCCGGGCUCAUCAGCCAGACCAUGCGGCAGCAGCAGAGGGACUUCAUCGAGGCCCAGAUGGACAGCUACGACAAGCCCGGGGCCUACGACGCCGCGCGCUCCCGGUCCUCGUCCAGGAGGCGGAGGUCCUCGUCAACGGCACCGCCGACUUCAUCAGAGAGUAGCUAGGAGAGAAUACGUUAAUCACAAACGAAGACUUUUUGCCAUCAUAUGGUCAAUAUUUUAGCUUUUAUUGUAAAGCCCCUAUGGUUCUAAUCAGCGUUGCCCGAGUUCUGAUGUCAGAAUCUUGGGAACCUGAACAUACUAUACUAAGUUUUAGGCCAAAAUGAGUUGAAAACUCUGUUUUUUUGUUUUUUUGUUUUUGUUUUUUUGUUUCGUUUUGUUUCUUUGAGACACACAGGGAAUGCACCUAAUUAUUGCUAUUAUAGAUUGUUCCUCCUCUAAUUUCACUAACUUUUUAUUCAUGCACUUCAAACAAACUUUACUACUACAUUAUAUGAUAUAUAAUAAAAAAGAAAAGUUAAUUUCUGCA